GGUUGGCCUGUGAAAUAAUCUCUUUAAAUAGUAGCAGCCAAUCCUCAAAGUCGUUUCUUUGUCCCAUCUUGAGUGGGAGGACGUCUUUCAGCAGCCUGUUCGCCAGGCAGACUGCUUUGCUGCCCUUCCUGACAGUAUUUGGAAAGGCAAGUUUUGCUCAUUGGCUGGGACUCCUACCUUUCAAUAACAACCAAGGCAUUGCUAUGAAUUUUGCUGCACAAUUUCUCUACUCCAAGGUUUUUAAGAACCGAACUCCCAGGGAACGCUUCAGAGAAGAAGAAGAAUAUGACCCUUUCUGGCAAAGGUUGGAGAAUGUUGCCAUGUGACGUAGACCUAGAGUGUUGAUUUCUCCCCCUUAGGAAUUAUGGAAAGUCCUAGGUUUGUGUCUGGGGCCAAGCCACUGGCCGUCGUCUCCUCUGGAUCCUUCCUGCCUCCUUAUGGUGCAGUAGUUGGAGUAUUGCUUCACUUCUUUGUUUAUUUCAUUGCCAUGCUUUAUAGCUUUGCAAAGAAGCUAUUUGCAAAAAAAGAUGAAUGUCUAGUGAGAAAAUUGGAUGUCCCUGCGCAGUGUGAACUUCGAUGCUGUAAGGAGGGACCGGUAAGAAAUGGUCUCAUUGGGCAGCAGCCACCCUCCAUCAAUCCUGAGAGACUGAAAGACUUUGGUGAAGAAGACUACCUAAAUGGGGGAGUGAAGACAUGGGAAAUGAAGAUAAUCAGCCAUAACGAGGAAUUGCUAAGAGAUCCAGUUGUUCGUCCAGAAAGAAGUAGCCUGCCAGCCUGCAACAAGUUUAUUCGAUUUGAAGAUAUCAGUGCAGCAGCAUUCAAAAUUCAGUGUGGAGUCCAGAAAACACCCUGUACGUAUUCUAGACUUUCAAAGCAGUAUGGAAUGGACAUAUAUCUCAAGAAAGAGUUCCUACAGUACACAGGAUCGGUGAAGGAGCGGGGUGUGCUUUACCUUCUGAUGUCUUUGCAACAGGAUCAGCAAAGGAAAGGUGUGAUCGUUGCCUCGGACACUAACUUCUCCAUGGCAGUAGCAUAUCAUGCCUCAGAGCACCAAAUCCCGGUGUUUGUCAUCAUGUCCACCAGCACCUUGCCAGCCAGAGUUAAAAUGUGCCGCGAAUACGGUGCCAUGGUCAUUUCCUAUGGCUGUACAGCGAGAGAUGCUCAGAUACACGCCAAGAGGCUGGCACAAGAAAACAGCUACUUGUAUCUUGAAGAAGAAGACAGUUCUGUCUAUCUAUCAGGGCUGGGGACCAUGGGACUGGAGAUCUACGAACAGGUGCCAAAACUGGAUGCAGUGAUAUUCCCGGCAGGGGCCCACUGUGGACUGCUAGCAGGCUCAGCUGCUGCACUGAAACACCUGAACCCACAUAUUUCUGUGAUUGGUGUAGAAUCGGAGAGUUUCCCUGUGUUGCAGCAAUCGUUAAAGAUUGGUCACCCGGUAGAAGAUCAGACCCGCAGUAACCAUCAGUUUUACAGAGAUGUGAGUGGACCUUGUUUUGGCACCAACUCGUUGCAGCUGACUGGGAAAUUUGUUGAUAAGGUUGUAACAGUGAGAGAAGAGGACAUUCUGAUUGCCAUGCUGAGGUUGCUGGAAUACGAACGAGCCACGGUCGAUGCAGAAGGAUCCAUUGGCCUUGCAGCUCUGGUCACUGGGAAGUUGCCAGAGUUAAAGGGUAAAAGAGUGGCUGUUGCAGUGUGUAGUGGUAACCUGGAGCUCUCACUGAUGAGGCAGUGUAUAGAUCGUGCCCUUACACUGGACAACAGGGUCUGCAAAUUCUCCAUUCUGAUCUCUGACUGUCCAGGCGAUAUUUCAAAGCUACUGGCGAUCUUGGCUCGGGAGGAAACAAGAGUAUUGGACAUAAAACAAGAACACAUGUACGUGGCGUCUGAUCUGUUCACCAGCGAGGUCACCUGCAUUAUAGAGACCAGAGACAAAAUCCACACUGCCCAGUUAAGGAACGCCCUGCUAGACUGCUACCCAAUGAUGACAUGGAUGGAGCGGUGAUGAGCCAGCCAAUUUGAAAAGCUCCACGAUCAUCUUCUUUGUCUCAAUUGCAGGAAAGUUGAAGACAUUAUUGUUGCUUAUUUCAAUAGAGCCAUCACACUGUACAUGGUGAUUUACAAAGAACCGGGAUCGACAGGUUCCUACUACCCUAAGGGGUUUACAGUCUAAAACGACAUUGCAAUCAAAAAUACAAUUGGGACACCACUGGUAUGUUUAAAUCUUGCGAAAUGAGAAAGUUAGGAAAUAACAGUAGGGUUUCUCUUCUGCGUAUUCUCUCAAAUCAGAAUGAAACACCUAUCCUGUAUCAUGAAGAUGAAUAACUUAUGUCUUUAACUUAAGUGCUUCAUAGCAGCUGCAGAGUUUCAA